CCUGCUCUUACAGUAUAUCGGCCUUAACUUAUAAGAGACUUGGCUAGAUUUAUGCCUGCUUCUAUCCUCUGCCAAGAAUUCUUGGAGCUCUAUAUGCGAUUGAGAUUCACUCUGCGUUCAACCUUCACGUCGAAAAGUACUGAUCCGCCAUGGCUGAACCUAUUCGCGUUGUUGUAACUGGAGCCGCUGGUCAAAUCGCUUAUUCGCUGCUCUACCAACUAGCAAAAGGAGAUGUCUUUGGUGAUCAACAACCUCUGUCUCUUCAUCUUCUUGAUAUUGAGCCAAUGAUGGGAGUUCUAAAUGGAGUUGUCAUGGAAUUGCAGGACUGUGCAUUGCCCCUCCUGCGUGAAGUUAUCCCAACUGCUGAUCCUGCAGUUGCUUUCAAGGAUGUAGAUGCAGCAUUUCUGGUAGGUGCCAUGCCUCGAAAAGAGGGUAUGGAACGUAAAGACCUGCUUGCUGCCAAUGUCAAAAUUUUCAAAGCUCAGGGCCAAGCUUUGGAUCAGCAUGCAAAGAAAACUGUAAAAGUGUUGGUUGUUGGUAAUCCUGCCAAUACCAAUUCAUUGAUUUGCUCAAAAUACGCUCCAUCAAUCCCCCCUGCUAACUUUAGUGCUAUGACUAGACUUGACCAAAAUCGCGCCCAAGCACAGAUUGCUAACCGUUUAGGAGUUCCGGUUAACAAUGUUAGCAAAGUCACAAUCUGGGGAAACCAUUCCUCGACUCAGUUUCCAGAUGUUGCGAACGCCACAGUUGUCACUGCAAAUGGCGAAACAAAAUCUGUUAAAGAUGCAAUCAACGAUCAAGCGUGGUUGAAUGGAGACUUCAUUUCAACGGUCCAAAAGCGUGGAGCUGCAGUUAUAGCAGCUCGUAAACUUUCUUCUGCCAUGUCCGCUGCCAAGGCUGCAGCUGAUCAUAUGAAGGAUUGGUGGAAUGGAACUUCAGCGGAAUCAUGGGUUUCAAUGGCAGUUUUCUCAGACGGAUCAUAUAAUACUCCGGUUGGAAUUAUGUAUUCGUUUCCAGUUCGCUGUAGCAAAGGCCAGUGGGAAAUCGUUCAGGGACUUACCAUCGAUGAAUUCGCUCGCGAAAAGUUGGAUUUGACGAGCAAAGAGCUCAUUGAGGAACGUGAAGAAGCCUUGGCUGUUUGUCAAGAUUGACUAGACGUGGAAAAGCCGUCAGAGGCCUCCCAGUUGGCUCGGCUUUGAUCGCUCCCAAUAGGUUUAGUGUGGAGUUUCCUAAACUCGAUGUGAUUAAUAGCAAUUCACCGAAAAGAAAACAGUAAUCGCAGUAGUCUUGUUUUAUUCAUUCAAAUAUCUAUCUUCGUUUCUGGUAUAAUACAUGUGGCUAGUGGUUAA